UUUGUUUCAUCUUUUACUCUGAUACCUGUGUACAUGCACGGUGCCAUGCUGGGUUCUACCCACCCUGGUCGCUAGCUGCAGAGGCCAAAGCUCAGCGCUGAAUAACGGUGUAAGCGGACUUCAGUGUUCAUACCGGUGAAGACGAGGUGAUUCUGUCAUUUUGAAUUGUUGGUUAAAACGUGUUGUUUUGAACGGAGCUAGAAGUGACAACGUGCUUCCUGUUUUCUCUGCUCAACCGUUCUAAAGGCGGAUUUUUCAAACCUGAGAUGCAGUUCAUGCUUCUGUUCAGUCGACAGGGCAAGCUCAGGCUUCAGAAAUGGUACGUGCCUUUGUCUGAUAAGGAGAAAAAGAAGAUCACCAGAGAGUUGGUGCAGACCAUCCUGGCUCGAAAGCCCAAAAUGUGCAGCUUCCUAGAGUGGAGAGACCUGAAGAUUGUAUACAAGAGAUACGCCAGUUUGUACUUCUGCUGUGCCAUCGAGGACCAGGACAAUGAGCUCAUCACACUGGAGAUCAUCCACAGAUAUGUGGAGCUGCUUGAUAAAUACUUUGGCAGUGUUUGUGAGUUGGACAUAAUUUUCAACUUUGAGAAGGCCUACUUCAUUCUCGAUGAAUUCUUGUUGGGUGGGGAGGCUCAGGAGACGUCGAAGAAGAAUGUAUUAAAGGCCAUUGAGCAGGCUGACCUGCUGCAGGAGGAAGCAGAGACCCCGCGCAGUGUGCUGGAGGAAAUCGGUCUGACAUAAACAUGGCGCAUCAACAUCUACUUGCUCCACAUGCAUCCAUCUGCCAGCUGCUCUGCUGUAUGAAGCCGACGCUGACUCCAAUUCACCUUUGAGCUCACACAAUCUUGUAUUACACACACACGGUGGGCAUUGUUUUUCCUUUGGAUCUGUUUUCUUUCUUCUCUGAGACAAUGUUGCACUAUCUCUCCAUAUCCUCCUGAGUUAUUUAUUUGGUCAGUGCAAUGAGGUGAACUGUGAGCAAAGAAAAACACGGCAUCGUUCAGCUUUCCAGUCCAGUCUGAGGAGCUUUCCUGAGUGAACUGCUUAACUUUAAUCCCAAAACUGACUUCAGAUUCUGCUGAGGCUGAGACAAUAUUGUAAAGGGAAGUCAAAAGUAUUGCAUCCACAAAACCAAAGAUUUACAUUUCAUCUCGCCUCACAAUGCAUUGUGAUGACCAUGAACUUGAUGACAGUUUUAAAUGCAACAACUUUGGCAUUUGAAAUCAAAAGAGUUGAUGAAAUUUCUACAGUUUACAGACCCUCAUCUAAUCCCAUUUACUGUUGAAUGCCUUAAUCUCUGAUGGACGUCCAUUAAAUUCCAAUGAAAUAAUCUGUCCCAUGACUGCAUCUGCAUGUUACUGCAAUUAAGCAGGUUCUGAGAUUAUUUUAUCAACGUGCAAAUACAAGAACCACUGUUUUAUUUCUUCAUGUUUACACAUGUGUUUAGAUUUUUUCUAAUAGUGCAUUUCAGUGACUUAAAAUAUCUCAUUUUGUAUUGUAAAGGCUUUAUGGCACCAGAUUAUUUCACUUGUGGCUGUAUUUUGUAAAUGUUUGGCCAAGAGCUGGUAGAAAUAAGCAAGAACACAGUGACAUAGCAGUGAAAUACAGUAUAAUGGCCUUUUUAAAUUGUCAAGCAUAUGUGGUACAAAAAAAAGCAUCUCAGCUUUGUGGCCACCUGCAGGAGUCCAGAAUUGCUUUAGCUCUGUUUUGGUCUCCACCAACUCCUGAGGGAAGCAUCUGGAUAUUUAGAAGCUCUUAAGUCUACAAAGGAUGUAUUCAGGAAACAGUAUUGUAGUUGCUGUUUACCCACAUUUUGCAAGACACAGACCCCAAUACACAGACACCAUUUAUGUGUGUAGAAUGCAGGAAAAAAAUUUCAUUUUCGGGAACAUAAAAUUAUAUUUUGCUUCCCAUUUAAUUGUAUUCUGCAAAUAAUAAUAGUCAGGCGACUGAGAAGUGCCUGAUGCUGCUGGAAGUGAGGUGAUCGAGAAUGAUUAGACAUAAACAUACAAUAAAUAAAUGUGUGGCUGAUUUACCAAAAAAAAAAGCAAAAACAGAUUGCUUCACCUUACAACUGAUCGCAGGUCUAAACAUGUCUGGUGUGUAACACCUUGAAAAAUACUCCUCUUAGGCCGUUUCAUUGUUUACUCAAAACUGGUUGGGAUUUAACAUUAAAAUUAAUUAACUCUGGCCAAUGAUAGCAACAUGUGUCAUAUUGUACAGCAUGUAAAAUACCUGUUUACUACUGUGCCUCUGAUGAGAAAAGAAAAAGUAGAGUCAUGCAUCUAAUAGCAAUAGUCUGAUAAACUGUAGCAGAGUUUACUUUAUGUACUUAAAUACUAGUUUCCAGUCACAUGGAUUAGAACUUAGAUACAUAAGAUGCCUUGAACACAUGACUCUGCAAAUCAACUGGAAUUAUUUGUGUAUUUUAUUCUCAUCUUGAAAUGUGUUUACAACUUUAAGAAGCUGAUAUUGUUGUUUGAAACCAAAAAUCUUUUUUUAUCUACGCACUUUAGUUUUUUCUUCUUCUUCUUCUUCUGUGUGUCAGUUGUUUUACAUGUUGAAACACUGAAAUCUUCUCCUCUAAUCACUAUAUACUUCAAAUGAGAAGAAUUUUCAUGUAAAAUUGAUUGUGUGCGCCGUUUUGUAUCUCAGAUGUGCGACUGAUAGAGUCUGUAAAGUGAGAUAAACAGUAGCUACACUCUGAGUGAAGUGCAACCUGUGUGUGACAUUACUGGACUUGCAGAGGAUAUUAUAUAUCGUGUAGUUUAUUGUUGCAGUGUCUGAAAUGGAAAAAGGAGAACAGUUAUGUUUCCUGUCAAGUUCAGCAAUAAAGAGGAGUUCGGGGUCAGAGGACUGCGCCGUCACAAACAGCUUGUUUCCUUCAAUUCUUCGCAGGUUUUUCACACGGUUAAGGGACAGAACCGCCAACAAGUUGGUGAUUAAAGAGUAAAUGUGUCCUCGGGUGUUGUGACACAUUGACAUGUUGAGAUACACAUGUGCUUUGGUUUAAUAUGCUUUAUGUCUUAGAACACAUUCUGUGUACAAUCACCAAUGUAAAAACAAGGAAACGUGGAUUUAAAAAUCACAGUCAAUAAAGUAAAUAGUAAAUAAAUCUGGAGCCGUUUUCAUCGGUGUAAACAGAGUACAUUACAUCAGCAUCUAUACGUGUGCAUGUGGAGACAAUGCAUUUGAUCUUAACAAAUAUAGACAGCAUGUCCAGUCACCCAAGGACAUUCACAAGUAUGAAACUAAUAUAAAAAGUUAUAUCAUAUUAGCUUCUGUAUUUAUUUCUGCGUUACCUGGACGCGUUCACAUAUUAACGGGUUGUGAAAAAGAUUUCAACAAAUACGAUAAAGAGUUUCAUUAACAAAUUACCAACCAGACCUUUAAAGCGAGUCAAAAAAACUAUUCAGACUUAUGUUACCGAGUCGGCUUCUUCACUGUUGCUACUGUAGUGUUGUAUUUACCAUGUACAUUAUAAAUAUGAGGUUCAGGACAAGAUCUUUUCUAUUUUAAAUAUAUAACGCAUAAAACUAUUCAGGCCUCUAAAAUGUUAUCAACAUUCAGUUGUAUUUCUCAUUUUCUUGGAGGACCAACAUUAAAAUUAAUCAAUUCACCAGGAGCAUAAACUCCGUUGUCGGGGGCUCUUUCUGACCUCAAAGAUGUCCUUAAAAUGCUUAAGAUUGAGGAGCUAGCUCUGGUGCUCUAGCUGUCCUCCUUUAGCAUAUCCUCAAUCUCUUUGUCCCAGUUGUCGUCGUGGCUCUGGUUAUCAGCCAACACGUUGUACUCUUUAAGUUCCUCCUGUAACUCUCUUUCCCAGUCUGGGGUCUCAUCUAGAAACACAAAUAGAAAAAGAAACUUAAUUUCAGACUUUCAGGUCCAUAUCAGUUCAAAAAUAGAAAAAACACAAUCACACUUUGCAAGUCCACAGAGUUUAAACACAUUUAGACUCGUGUUCCUGUUUCCAAAAAAAAGAUAAAUGGUGUCUAAGUCAAGGCCCUUAUGAUCACAUUUUUUUAGGUAGUUAAUCUAAACUUAUAUUUAUAUGUACAAUUCCUCAGCAAAAGCCACAAGCAUGUGACAUGCACCUGUCCAUCUUGGAGGCUUGAGCUAAGUUCUGAAUUCAUCAUUAUUUGUCAUCUGGAGUUUUUCAGUCCUGCAUUACCAUAGAUGCACCACAGAAGUUCUGUGUCAAGUGGAGUACAGUAGCUUAUAAAAAGUGCUAUUUAAAAUCAUCUGUACACAUAGGAAAUGUGCGUGCCAACAUGGUGGCUUGUGCUUACAGUUUACAAAACUGACCCUGCACAUUGUCAUCAUCACAUUAAUGAUUCCUCCUUGGUUCUAUCCAUGAUGACAACACGGUUUUUUAGAGUUAAAUGUAAUGUCGCAGUUCACAUCAUAACUUAUGCAUACUCUAAGCAGUUGCAUUAAACCAGCACUGUAACAAUAAACAGUUACAUCAUGAUCCAGUUCAACAGAGGGACUUACCUUGUGUUGUGCUUUGAGUUUCCCGUUUGUCCAGAACCAGCAUUUCCAUCUCUUUGCGCAAGUCGUCCUUAUUUAUGUUGCAUGAGUCAAAAGCAUCACUAACAAAUUCAGACACAGGUGGGCUGGUGGAGAUCUCCUCUUCAUCCUGGCAUUACAGAAACAGGAGGAGGUCUGAAUGUUACACCGCUUCCAGUCAGGUUACUAUUAUUUUAUUCUAUUAACAGAUGACUUACCUCACUGGACUUUAGUUUGGUGCUGCAAAUGGUUGGAGGAGUUUUCCCUUCAUCUACACCUGCAAAAAUAAUUUUGACAUUAUCUCUUAAGUAAUAUUCAUGUUCUCUCAUGCAUUGUUGCAGAGUGAUGCAUGCAAUACAUAUAAAGUAUGAAUUCAACUGAUUUUAACAUUAAAAGUGUGAAAAUUGUUGCCUAAAUAAGUGCAAAACAUUCCUUAGGUUGACUCACUGUUUGAUUUACAACAUAAUGUUUGGCUUUACCUCAUCCCCUUUUCAAUAAAAUUUAUUAUAUCUGGUUUUGUGGCUGAGAACCUAUCAUUUAAAAUUAUUGAUCUGUGUUUGUCUCACUGACAAGAACCUUCAGAUUAUAGACAGGCCCUCUACUUUUACAUUACACAAUAAGAUUGUACCCUUUUGACAAGUAUCCACGGGACUGCAGGCAGUUUUCUCCACAUCUCUCCGUUCCGCCGCCUGUUGUGCUGCUAGAGCUGUGAGCUGAGCCGACUGUUUUAUCAAGGACACGCGGUAAAAGUAAUUCUUCCAGAAGGCUUCCUCUU